UAAAGGAUUAUUGCAUUUUAUCACGUACAGUUUUUAAACUCAUUUGACUCUUGGAACGGAAUGAUUGUACGCCGGCACGCAGAAGGCCGCAUAGCAUACCUACACCAAAGUCAUGCGGUCUAUUCAACUGUUGCACCUCAUUGAGAGUCCAAUACUUUAAACCCCAUCGCUACGUCGCUAAUUCUCCUGAGCCGAUUACUAUCUGAUGAAGACGAUUGCAAAAUCGAUGAACAGAGCGUAUCAAUUUUCCAAGCGGAGGUGAAAACGAAAGAAAAAAAAAAAUCAUCGCAUGUCUAUGUUAUGAUGAUUAUCUUUCAGUACCAUGACAACCAUGUAUUUCUAGAUUGUAUGAUUUGUGCUCUUUUACAAAACCGGAGGUGGAAAAUGGAUGUCAUUAAUGCCGUUUCGGAGCAUUUACCGUACAAACGGCCCGUGCUCCCCUGAAUAGAUUGAAAUUGAUAUUCUACUCGUUCUCUCUCACUCUGCUCGAUUAUUCUGGACUUUUCCGCUUUUGUUUGUUGCUAAUGUGUAUGACAUAUCGUACCCUGCCUUUCCUUUUUUGAAUGACAACGCUUCCGUCCAAUUGGGCGAGUUUACGGAGAUUCGAUUGAUACCGGAAGUUGGGAGCAGUUUCCCAAUAAACAUCGGCGCUUCCUGACAUCCUCUUUUAAUGCUUCUGAGAGGAAGAAGAUGGAGGAGGUAGACUCGAACUACACUCUGAUAUACUACGAUAACGACAACGACUCGUUGGCGCUCUCCGAGUCAACGUCGGAGGGAUAUUCAACGGGCGUCCUUGCCAUCAUCGGGGUCGUACUUGUCAUCAUCAUCAUCGCCACCAUCUUCGGAAAUAUCCUGGUCAUACUGUCGCCGACCGUCAAUCGCAGGUUACGUAAUGUCACUAAUAUGUUUAUUGUGUCGCUUGCAGUUGCCGAUUUGAUGCUGGCUGUUCUCGUUCAACCUUUCAGUGGGCUGAUGGAGCUGCGCAAUCAGAGAUGGAGUUUCGGGGCCAUAGUCUGCAAUCUUUAUGUGUCUUUUGAUGUACAACUCUGCACUGCUUCCAUUCUCCACCUAUUUGCCAUCAGCAUCGACCGGUAUAUCGCAAUUAGCGACCCCAUGAACUAUCGGAAGCGCCUGACGAGACGAAAAGCGGUGAUUACGCUCAUCAUAGUCUGGGCAGUGUCGAUAUCAAUAUCAUUUUUACCGUUGCAUCUCGGUUGGAACACGGCCUCGGGAGAGAUUCAGAACUUCGCGCAGCCGGAAAUGUGUUAUCUUCACGCGAACACAUUCUUUGCUCUCUUGGACGGGCUCUUACUUUUCUACCUACCUCUGACAGUCAUGUGCUGUCUGUAUUUCCGCGUACUGAACAUUGCGCGGAACCAAGCGCGUAAAAUCAAUUCGCAGACUGCACAUGUGUCGGGGCAGUACAACGGAAACGUCAAGAAUUCGUCACGCGAGGUCCUGAAAGCGCCAAAACCACGUGCUGGCGUGGACGAACAUCGGGCGACAAAACUGCUCGGCGUUAUCAUGGGGAGUUUCAUCAUCUGUUGGGUACCGUACUUCACCAUCUUUACAUUUAUUCCUUUGUGUCCCUGUGAGGUGCCGCAGGCCCUGUAUUCGGUAGCCCUGUGGUUGGGGUAUUUGAACAGCACACUGAAUCCCAUCUUGUAUGCCGCGCUCAACCGCGAGUUUCGAAAAUCUUUCCGAAAACUCUUGCGACUGCGACAUUUUAGAAGGCGCGAGAGCAACACAUAUAUCUCGCAUCUCGAACUGACCACACCCCACCUUCUAUCGGGUCAGAACGGCGGAUGUAGUACCUCGGCAAACAUGAGGGGAAGGUGGGUAAUGGAAGACCGACCGAUGGGGACUCAAGAAAGAGUUCUAGAGAGAGCAGACUAAGCAAUGUGUGCUUGAACGGUGUAAAUGGGCAAUAAUUCACCUUUUCGUGAUGGAAAAUAUAUCUUUGUGUAUUUUACAAUGAAAAUUACCACAGUUUCGCGCUCACGUAUAUUAUAAGUUAGCAAACAAAUUGGUAUUAACUGGAUCAAUGUCCACUAAGUCGACAUACAUAUCACACAUGUUUCAGCACGAUUGAUACCACUACAGCUGGAGUUAUAGUUAAAGGUAUAGUAAAUCAGCAAGUGUAUUCAAUCAUGAAUGAAAUAAAUAAUAUUUAAACACGAUUGUCAAUCAAGCAGAAACUGAUAUAAUGUAGAAAUGAGAAAUACAGCAUGACUACAAUCCGAAUAAGAUAACCUUACAAAUCAACUGUUUCAAACAAUAUUAAUAAUAUUAUUAACGAAAAUGUUGAUAAAAUGUAUUUUUGGUACCAGUUAUUUAUAGAUAGGCGUUUGAUAAAAUAGAAUUAUGAUGGAAGAUGCUAGGGAGUAGGUAUACAAAAAGAAAAUAGUUAUGAUGCAAUCAUUUGGAGUUUAAUUAUAUCAUGACUGGGUUGUAAAGUGAUGUGAAUUUGAAGUCCGUAGUACAGUACUAAACAUAAUCGCAGACAUGAGCAUAACGUGAUGUUAGCCACUUUAUGUACCAUGCUACAAUCAAGUUUGUUUUCUUUUCAAUAUCAAUCUGUUUUAAAGAGUUUUGAAAUAACCAAAAAUUAUGUAGACCCUAGUGGCCAUUGAGUAUACAAAUAAUAUGUUUUGAAAAGUUUGGUUACAAGUAAAAGUGUCUGUGUACCCUCGUGCCCAAUAUAUGUUAAAUCAAAUCAUUUUCAAAGAGUUUCUUAAUUAACAAUAUUUUUGUCUAUCCUCGCAGCUAUAUAUCAAACUUUUUUUUUGAAGGAGUUCGGCAAUGCAAGAAUGAUUGUGCAUUUUAAGUAUUAUUACAUCCCUGUAGCCGUUAUUGUAAUAGCACCCCAGUUUUGAAGAGUUUGGUCAUGCGCAAAAAAUUAUGUCUGUGCUGUUAGCCAUUAUUUGUAAUUUCAAUCAGUUUUGAAUAGUGAAUCAGUAAACGUUACUUUAUAUCAGUGCGGCUAUUCAAGACUAGCCGCAGUCAUUUAAGUUCCCAAUCAAAUCCAUCUUGAAUGUCAUGUGAGGCGAUGUCAGUUUUCCUUUUCAAAAUGUUAGUUUCGAUCCAAGCGUCUUGAUCUCAGUCAUGCAUAAUUAUAUUGCCAUUUAAAAGUUUAGGCCCACCAUCGACAACGAGUGAUGAGAUUCAAUAAGUAAAUCACGGCAUACUGUUUGGGGCAAGGGAUCUAUGUGUCAGGUUGCCGUCAAAGCACCUGAUCUGUAACCUAAUUGUACCGCUCUUCUUCUCCCUCUGUCCCCGGCGUUAUCCUCCCCCCAGCGAACA